AUGGGGAAGGCGAGGAGGGUCCCCGCAGCCGCGGCGACGCGUAAAGGCCACCAACCUGCGGGAAGGAAGCCGCCGGAGCCUGCCGGUUGCCCUCGGGACCGGCCUCCCAAGGGCAAGGGCUCGCCGCGCCAGAAGCCCCGCGACGCGGAGUCGCCAGACCCGGAGGAGCAGGGCGCCCUGGCCCUGGGCGCGCAGCAGGAGCGCUGGACACAGUUCUUGCAGCGCCAGCGGGUGAGCUGCGAGGAGGCGGCCAAGCUCCUGCUGGACACCUUCGAGUACCAGGGGCUGGUGAAACACACAGGAGGCUGUCACUGCGGAGCGGUGCGCUUCGAGGUCUGGGCCGCAGCCGACCUGCACGUCUUUGACUGCAAUUGCAGCAUCUGUGUUAAGAAGCAAAACCGGCAUUUCAUUGUACCUGCUUCACGUUUCAAGCUGCUGACGGGUGCUGACAACCUGGCUACCUACACCUUCAACACCCACUGUGCCAAGCACACUUUCUGCAAGACCUGUGGUGUCCAGAGCUUCUACACUCCCCGCUCCAAUCCAGAUGGCUACGGAAUAGCACCGCACUGCUUGGAUGAAGGCACGGUGCGCAGCAUCACCACGGAGGCUAUCAGUGGCAAGGAGUGGGAAAAGGCCAUCAAGGCGCAUCCCACAAUCAAGAGCUUGUCAAAACCAUAGCUGUGCUACUUCGCAGAAGCGCAGAUGCCAAGGAUUGCUCAGCAAGAGAGCCCUGUUCCCACCAUUUAGAAAAUAAAGCUUGUAUUUUUGUAAAAUAA